CCAUCCCGAGCUGCACCGCGGUGACUCGGCCGGCUCCCGCGCGGCGGCGUGCGCGGGCCCAGGAGUUGCGGCCGCUCGCUCCCUCACUCUUCUUUCCCGCCCCCUCGUUGAGACUGAAGUGGCUGCCGUCGCUCUUCCAGGAUCCUACCGCCGGUCACCCCGGCCAGCCACUGUGGAGAUGCUACUGUUCCCCCCGCGGCGCUGAGACGAGAGAGAAGGCUCAGGCCGCCGCGGCUGGCCGGUUUUAGCCAUGUCCACGGGCUUCUCUUUUGGGACGGGGAUGUUGGGCUCGACAGCCACCGCGACGGCGGGCACCGGGACCACUGGAGGAGGAUUCUCCUUUGGGACGGUCACUUCCAGUAAUAGCGCCCCAUCAAUAGGACUCAAUUUUGGAUCUCUUGGAAGCACAGCAAAUCCAACAACUACAACUGCUCCGUCUGUGGGGUUUGGAACUGGACUGUUUGGUUCAAAAUCUACAACAGGGUUCACUUUAGGUGGCACUAAUACAGGAACAGCAACAACUUUAGGUACAGGAUUAACUCUAGGAACUCCUGCCACUACAUCUGCAACUACAACAGGUUUCAGUUUAGGAUUCAGUAAACCUGCAGCAUCUGCCACACCAUUUGCUUUACCUACUACUUCUACCUCAGCUGGGCCUCUCUCUCUUUCAUCUGCCCUUACAUCAACUCCAGCAGCAGCUUCCACAGGCUUUACUUUAAGUUUGGGUACAACACCUACCACAACUACAACUUCAUCAACGGGGCCUUCUCUAGGGGGGGCCUUAGCUGGUUUGGGAAGCUCUCUUUUCCAGAAUACAAACACAGCAACAUCAGGACUUGGACAGAAUCCGCUGGGCUUAACAUUGGGAACUACUACAGCUCCUUCAACUACUGCCAAUGAAGGUCUUGGUGGUGUAGAUUUUAGUAGCUCUUCAGAUAAAAAGAGUGAUAAAACAGGAACAAGACCGGAGGAUAGUAAAGCACUGAAGGAUGAAAACCUACCUCCUGUAAUUUGCCAAGAUGUUGAAAAUCUCCAAAAAUUUGUGAAGGAACAAAAACAAGUUCAAGAGGAAAUUAGUCGAAUGUCUUCUAAAGCAAUGCUUAAAGUCCAAGAGGAUAUUAAAGCGCUGAAACAGCUUCUCUCAUUGGCUGCCAGUGGAUUACAGAGAAAUACUCUCAAUAUUGACAAGUUGAAAAUAGAAACUGCUCAGGAGUUAAAGAAUGCAGAAAUUGCCUUAAGAACACAGAAAACUCCACCUGGACUUCAACAUGAAAAUACAGCUCCUGCAGACUAUUUCAGAAUAUUGGUUGGACAGUUUGAGGUACAGCUACAACAAUACAGACAGCAGAUUGAAGAACUAGAAAAUCAUCUUGCUACUCAAGCAAACAAUUCGCAUAUAACUCCACAAGAUUUGUCUCUGGCUAUGCAGAAAAUUUAUCAAACAUUUGUAGCUUUAGCUGCACAACUUCAAUCUAUCCAUGAAAAUGUAAAGAUGCUCAAAGAACAAUAUCUUGGUUAUAGAAAAAUGUUCUUGGGAGAUUCCGUGGAUGUUUUUGAGGCAAGACGAGCAGAAGUCAAGAAGUGGCAUAGUGCCCCAAGAGUUACAACUGGUCCUACCCCUUUCAGCAACAUACCAAAUGCAGCAGCCGUUGCCAUGGCUGCAACACUCACACAGCAGCAACAGCCUGCUACAGGGCCACAGCCAUCUCUGGGAGUUAGUUUUGGAGCACCAUUCGGCUCAGGUAUUGGCACUGGCUUGCAGUCAAGUGGCUUAGGUUCUUCAAACCUUGGAGGAUUUGGAACUAGCUCUGGUUUUGGAAGCAACACCACAGGGGCCUCCACAUUUGGAUUUGGAGCAACAAAUAAACCCUCAGGAAGUCUUAGUGCAGGCUUUGGCAGUUCAAGUACAACUGGGUUUAACUUCAGCAAUCCCGGCAUCACAGCAUCAGCUGGCCUGACAUUCGGGGUGUCCAAUCCUGCCUCUGCAGGAUUUGGAACAGGAGGACAACUCCUUCAGCUGAAGAAACCGCCAGCUGGAAACAAAAGAGGAAAGAGAUAAACAUUUGGGUGGGCGGUGUAGUAAAAGCUGCAACCGCUCUGUUCAUUCUACAAAUCUAUUUUUCUAGAAACAGAUGCAACAAUUAAAUUGCAUCCCAGAUUUAUAAGGUUUUGAUAUUUUUCCCUACUCUGAAAUUUAAAUUGUAUCCAUACCGGUCAUGAUGAACAGCUAUUUUCUUGUUAAUAUUAACCCACUUGUGUGUUUUUAUUAUUUUAGUUCCUAGCUUUAGAAAUGUUUUGAUGAUAUCACUGAGAAAACUUGUAAAACCAUUUAUUCACCUUAACGUUAGCAAUGUUUUUGUUAAUAAGUCCUAUGCAUAGAAAUCAAUGCAUAUUUGUUCCUUGUACAUAUAUAAAGUAUAUUCUAGUAUAGAUAUAAACAUUCAUAAUUUCUGUUCUUUGAAAAGGCCUUUUGGAAUCCACUGCAGGGCAUUUUUGUGAAUAUGUAUGUAAAUAUAUACAGUAUAAUGCACACAUGUGUGUAUAUAUUAAAAUAUAUAUUUACACACGUACAAACCUUGCCUCAAUGUUAUCUCUCCUUUCCCUUUUGGGUAGAUUCUUUUCCGUGUUCUAGUCUUCAGAGCCUCACUGCUUAUUAGAAUGUUAUGUUGCAAUUCAUUGCUAACAAACCUUUGCCAGUCUGCUUCAUUGUCUCUUCCCUCUCCAUUUCAGCCUUCCCUAUCCAUUGCCACUCCAAAGAGAGGACUCAUAUCAUCUGAUCCUGUGGCAUAGCAAAUGACUUUUAGAACCUUAUCCAUUCCUAUAUUGAUCAGCACCCUGAGUGAUAAUGAGGUUUUAAAAGUUUACUUUCUUUUUUUCUAAGACUAACCUUCAGGAGAAUAUUUAAAAUUGUAGACCAUUGGUUUAGGGGCAAAGAACUGUGAAGCCAAAGUUCCCAAUUCUAUGCAGGUGAAGGAUGCACUGAUUGUAUUACUCUAAUGGCAACUUUUCUAACCAUUCCAAUAUGGAGUUCUUUCAUUAGGGCUAUUGACAUCAACACCAAAAGAAGUGGCUUUUUCAGCCCUCAUCGUCUUAAUAUGGAAUAGGGAAAUAGUAUAUUUUGAGAGCAGAAUAUUCAUUCUUGCCAGCAUCUCUAAACUAUCCCUAGUCUUUCUAAUAGAGGGAACUCCACGCUAUAUCAUGCUAAUAAUGUCAAAUCACUUCUGUAUAGUUAGUGUUAAGUAAGAUGGUUGGGGUUGAAGGGGAACCCCUUUUAAGGAGUGAGAUGCCUUAUCUGAGAUUUAUUACAAAAAUAAUAGCUUCCUCCACCAAACAUUGACUUAUUUAUCUUGCAAGUACAGGUAUCAGAUGGAGUGUGAGCAUGGAACUUCAUUGACAGUGAUGUACUUUUUUUAUAUAGAAAGGUUUUGUAUAUAAUGUGCAUCAAAUCAAAUAUUUACAGAAUCAUUUUCACCAAGGCAACUUUUUUCUAAAACUAAGUAUUGAGCAUAUAUAUAUAUAUAUAUAUAUAGACACACACAUACACACACACACACACACACACACAUAUAUUUUCUAGUAUGAUGUCAGUUGCUUUUGAUUGUAACAGUGUUGUCAAGUACCAUUUUCUAUGUUUGGAAUGGUUCUAUAUACAAUGAUUGGCCUUCAUUGAAUUGGAAUAUCUGUUCAUUAAUGCAUUAAAAAAAGGGAUUGGUUUUUAGUACUAAAAUUGCAUUCACUUUUGUUACUGAAUGAGAUUAUGGGGGGAGGUAGAUAUUAUAGAAACAGGUGUGAUUUGUUUUUUAAACAUUGGUCAUAAUUAAGAAUUACAUUCAAACCAAACUUUUCUUUAAAAGGUAUAUUGCAUUGGAUUGCAAAAAAAAAAAACAAAUCAAAAAAAAAAACCAAUCUGGGUAUUUGUAUUUCUUUGUUACUGUUUUUUUUUUCUUUUAAAAAUGUUAAAUUUUAAAAUGUUGAACCACUGGAAUUCUUGUAACAUUUGUGAAAAUUUUUAAUGUGCUGCCAUUGUCCACAUUGUCUGCACUUUGUCUGUGACCUACCAUUAUGUAAACAAUAAAAUUUAUUGCAUCAGUGCUCCAAAUCCUUAUAGGUAUUAGUUUACCAUUAAUAUGAGAAUUUGCUGAUUGUUCAUAGAAUUUUAGUCUCGUAGUUGAAUGAGUGGUCUUGAUGUGUUUUAUUAUUUGGCUUGUAUUCUUUUGAAUCCUCUAGCAACAUUUAGAUAGGCUUCUCUCUCAAAUUCUCCACAUUUGUUUGUGGGUUGCUUAGAACAAAGUGAGCACCGUGUCAAUUGUUUUUAUAAACAAAAAUGUUGCCCUUUGUUGGAACAAGAUAAAUCUCAUUACAGUAAAUACUA